GAGCCCGUCUGCCUCGGUCUGACCCGGAGUGUGUUGUGUGUGAAUGUGUCUGAAUGAGUGUGUGUGCUGACAGAAGCUAACCGAGGUGACAUUUAUCUUUUUUUCUCUAAUUUGGAAUAAAUGAAAAACGUCAAAUUCGGGAUAUUUGCAUAAACCAGCAAUGCCCUGUGUACAAACCCAGUAUGCAUCCCUGCCCCAUGACAACUACUUCAGCUCUGAUUUCUUGAAUCCUGACCUCAGUGCCACACUGGUGAUGGACUUCAGUGGCCAAAAGGACCAGCUGUCCACAUCUUCAUUGCCCAGCAUCAACACUUUGGUUGGAAAUGGCUAUGUCGGGGAGUUUGAUGCAUAUUCCUGUAAGAUUACCACCUCUCCUCCUGCCUCUACUGUUUCAUUCAGCCACACAGGAGUAGCUGAAAGCACCAGCUCUCAGAUGCACAGCCAGGCCUUCAAGCUGGAUGAUCUCCAGGUGUAUGGCUGCUACCCAGGAUCCUUUGCACUCAACUGCCUCGACGAAACGCUGUCGUCAUGCAGCUCUGACUACUAUGGCAGCCCAGUCUAUGCCACUGCUUCUCCUCCAACACCAAGCUUUCAGACAGAGUCUGCACCUGUCUGGGAUUCCCCUUUCAGCCCCUACCCCUCAGCCCCCCUGACCUCUGUGGCUGACAAGGCUGCCAUAGCUCAGCAGCUUUCCUUUUUCACCUUCAGCUCUGCACCAGAACAACACUCCCCCAUGGGGCAGCAGCACCAGGAUGCUCAGCCGAGCCAGGAAGACCACUUCUUCCUGUCUCCUCAGCAGCAUGUUUCCCCACUUCACUGCCCCCCAGUUUCUCUGGAGCACAGACUUCUAGAAAGCCCCAAGACAGCGGAGGGUGCCAUGAUGUCUCCUAAAACACCAAACCCAGGAUCCAACGAGAGUCGCUGUGCAGUUUGUGGUGAUAACGCUUCCUGCCAGCACUAUGGAGUCCGCACCUGUGAGGGAUGCAAAGGUUUUUUCAAGCGAACUGUCCAGAAAAAUGCAAAGUAUGUGUGCCUUGCCAAUAAAGACUGUCCAGUAGACAAGAGGAGGAGAAACCGAUGCCAGUUCUGUCGUUUCCAGAAAUGUCUUGCAGUGGGAAUGGUCAAAGAAGUUGUUCGUACGGACAGCCUUAAAGGUCGCAGAGGUCGCCUGCCCUCCAAGCCCAAGAUCCCAGUUGAGGCUUCAUCCACGACCCCCAGUGUCAACAUCAUAGCUUCGCUUGUCAGGGCUCAUCUAGACUCAAGCCCAACCAUCGGAAAGCUUGACUAUUCCAAGUACCAGGAGACAGCAGACAGCUCGAAAGAGAAGGAGGAUGCUGGUGAUAUCCAGCAGUUCUAUGAUUUACUGACUGGUUCCUUGGAUGUGAUAAGGAAAUGGGCUCAAGCCAUCCCAGGAUUCACGGACUUCUGCACAGAAGACCAGGAGCUGCUCCUCGAAUCUGCUUUUGUUGAACUCUUUAUCCUCCGCCUGGCUUACAGGUCAGAUCCAGAAAAGAAUGAGCUGAUCUUCUGCGAUGGCGUGGUGCUCCACCGACUACAGUGCGCUCGCAGUUUCGGUGACUGGAUCGACUCCAUAAUGGAUUUCUCGCACAGCCUUCGCCGCUUGAACUUAGACGUCUACUUGUUUUCCUGCCUCGCAGCCCUCGUCAUCAUCACCGAUCGUCACGGCCUCAAAGAGCCCAAGCGGGUCGAGGACUUUCAAAGUCACCUCAUCGCUUGUCUAAGGGAACACGUGAGUGGAAAUGGAUCAGAACUGAGCCGGACGCAACCCAACUAUCAGUCUCGCCUUCUGGGCAAACUGCCUGAACUGAGGACUCUGUGCACACAAGGCCUGCAGCGCAUCUUCUACCUGAAACUGGAGGACCUGGUGCCUCCUCCUCCGAUAGUGGAGAAAAUCUUUAUGGAUACGCUGCCGUUUUAAAAUGAACAAAAGAGUUCAAAAGCACCAAACGUGAGGUUUUUCACUCCACUCUACUAAACCUCCUUCUAGCAUACGGAGGUGUGCUAGCAUAGUUAAAGAGACCAUUAUUUUUUUAUCUUUAAGUGCUAUUAAAUAUAGUACCUGUGUGAAUGCUGUAAAAGAUUGAUAUUUCAUGACACUGUUUAUAUAUAUUUCGUGUGCAUUGGUAAAGGUGACUUUUUUGCAGUGCUAUUUGUGAAUGUUGUCCUGCUAUGCAGCCUAUAACACAUGGAUAUCAUGGUAGAUGCCAUGCAGUGUUAAAUACUCAGAAACACACUAAUUUUUUUAAAGCAUGUUUUCAGAAUUGCUUGAUUGGCCCACUCAGAGGCCGAGAUUGGAGAUGACAGGCAGCUGUGAAAGAGUCCCACUUUUCCACAAUAAAAUACUUACUUAUAUCUUUCUAUGGAAACUAUAGCCGCAGUACUAAACAUGCUCAUGUGGAAGGUCUUGGACCAAAGUUUACCAAAGUUUUUAUUUUGAUACUACCAGUUAAAAACCUAAUUGCCUUAAGCUGAAGAAAAAAAUCUGCCAUAUCACUUCGCCUGUCACUUUUCAGCACCUUUUAAAGGCUGAUUCAGGCGGCUCUCCUGUUAAACUGCAUACACCUGUGACGACAGGCUUCUCGGGCUUUAUGUAAGAAUGAAAAUUGACUUGCUAAGUGAAAAUACAAAGUGCCUUUUCAUAAAACCUCACUCCAUCAACCACACUAAGUGAACCUUUAUUCCAAACAUCACAUAUAGCAAGGCCCUUUUAUCACAGGCAUGAGUCACUCUCAGAAUUCAAGUGUUAGUGUUGCUAGUGUUAAUGCAGUAUGUCAAAGAGUGUCCAGUACGUCACACUGUUUAAACUGGAAGGUCAUUAAGUUGUGACAGGCUGUUUAAGACAUGUAAAAUUAAAUUGUUCUGUUACAGAGGCACUGAACGUUAGAACCACGGUGGCGCCGUCCAGAUCGAGUCUUGUAUGAUUUGUAUAAACUAAUGCCAGAAAAUUCAAAUUCGCAGGCAGACAUAUUUCUUGUCUUAGGCAUCAGAUACAUUACAUGUUGUGGACCUCAAUUCUGUGACUGUAAAUCUCUCCACCUGUCUUCCAUAUUUUUCAGAAUUGUGCAGUUUUGUUUUGGUUGUUUUUUUUAUAUACAUGUUGGAUUUAUAUUUUGAUUUCAAAAUGACCGAAAGAAAAUUCUUAAGGAAUCACGGUGAAACGUGAUGACGUGAGCAGCUACGAGCACUUGAGUGUUCAAAUGGUAUGAAAAGUACUUCUUCUGUAUGAGUUUGUGUGCGUGCAAAAUAAUGCCAGGCCUUUUGUAAAAUGGUGCAAAAAAAAAAAAAAAAUUAAAAGGCAGCGAAUACUUGAUAUUGAAUCUUUUGGAAAUCACCUUGAAUUGACUUUGUUUAAAUGUUAGGAAAUAGGUAACUGCACAGAUUAGAGUUUCUACAAUUAUCUAAAAAAUGGUUGAAAGAUAAUUUAGCAGUUUUCACGUUCACCUAAAAAGCAAUACAUCUGCCGUUUAUUCCACGAGAAGCAAAUGGGAUUGUGUUAAGAAGAGCAUGUGAUGUUAAAAUUUGCCACAUCAAAAGUGUGGAGCUACUGUGCUGUGGUGACUUCUUGUGAAUAAGGGAGCAGCCAAAAGUAACUUUUAAGCCUAAAGACAGCCCAGGAAUAAACAGUUAUACUUAUUGAAAAGGCUUAAAAAUGACCACAAAAAUAAUUAGGAAGGUAGUUUCUAACAGUUCUUAGCUAUUUUUUAAAUGAUGGGUUUGUUUGUGUCACAUGGACUAUCAGGAUAUUGACAGUCAAUUAUAAUUAAUUAAUAAUUGUCUUUAUUCCUCAUCAUAUGCUAAAGUAAGACGAACGAGUAAGAGCUCUAUGCUGUGGUGGGUUACACAUUUACUUAACAGCAAAAGGUCCCCGGUUUGAUCCUGGCAGGAGACAUGAAUCUCUUAGUGGCUCCAUCAGGAAAGGUAUCCGGUGUAAAAAUCUGCCAAGUCAAAUAUGCAGAGCUACCUACACUGAUGAUCCCAUGUGAAUAAGGGAGCAGCCAAAAAUGGCUUUUAGGUUACACUAAGGUUGCUAGCAUGGUUGAGAUCUCUUUCCUUCAAUGUACAUUGAAAAUUUCCACCUUAAAAUAGCAACCAAAAGUCAUGCGGUAGCUGUGAAACCAUAAGCAUUGAGGCCCAUUAAAGAGACACUUGAGAAAGAGAGGCCCGAACGAGAUUUAAAAAAUGUAAGCAAAAUGCUUUCCUCCCUCACUGAAAUGGAAAUUAGAACAAAUAACAGCGUUAUGACUGAAAGGUUCAAAAUCUCAAAUUUGAUGCAGUAAAAUUAAGAAUUACACAUUAGUUCUUGUUGUACCAGUACGUGGCGGCCUCCUCGCUGACUCUGCCAGGUUGCCCUUGUUGCAUUUUUAGAACAGCACGGCGGGGACCUCCAGGACUGAAUGCUAGCAUGCCAACACUGUUGAUAAGUUAGCAAGCUGCUGUUAGCAUUAACUUCAAAGCAUAACUGUGUCUAAAUCGAGCCUCUCAGAGCUGUGUAUUUAAAAAAAGUAUGUCAGACAUUUAAGUAGAUUCAAUGUUGUUGUGCUAUAAGAACAAAACUGUCUAGUUGGUGGUUUCAGUGCAAGAAACAGCGCUUAGACUUUAUUUAAGGCACUGUCCACUGUGCUGCUGCUUGUUACAUAUUAAUGAUGUGAUGAAAAGUGACUAAACAAAGUCCUUUUCACCAAGUCUAUGUUGUUUUGUCAUACAUGGUGUUAAUGUUGGCAGCACCCUUGAUGGGAGGAAGACGACACCGCGGCGCUCUCAGCCACAGCGAUCUGUAGCCGCGGCUGCAUUCAGCCAGUCGACACCUGAUCCUACUGUACACCACGUACUGGUCAGCUGGAUUUUGGUGUUGGCAGACACAGUGGAAAAAAAGUGACAAGGGAAGAAAAGAGGAGGGGGCAAGAAGUGUUCAUUAUGUUACAAAAUGGCAAACGUGCUGCCCAAGUCAGGCGUAAUGAGAGCAGCAGGCGAUUCGUUUCAUAAGGAGAACUCAGACAAACGCGGCGGCUCUGAGAGUUCCUUUAACUGUUACGAAAAGUAUAAUCCUUUUAUCUGACUUGAUAAUCUGUUUUGACUUUCAGUGUUUCUUUUCAGUUUGACUGGUCACAUGUCCAUGUUGACUCAGGCAUGCUGUCCCUUCAGAUUACUCUAACCCAUGUUGAAAAGAUAUCCUCCUGUGAAUAUAUCUCAGUGUUUCUUGACACCACCUUUUUCCAAAAGUGGAAAGCUACCCUUUGGAGAUGCUAUUUGCUCCUUAACUUUUGACCUGACAGACUAAACGCCGCCUUCAGCCUCUGCCUUCUGCCCCUCACACACCCUUGUCAUGGUGAUUUGCUAUAUGGGUGCCAAACUCCAAAAACCUUCUUCACUUUUGCUUCUGCAUCUUCUGCAGACGAAAGGCCUUUUUCUUGAUACGUGACAUGCGUUAUUGUCCAGAAUGGUCUUGCAUAAGCUUUUUUCAUGGCAAUUAAAUUUUGAGUAUAUCCAUUCAAUAACCUGAUAGUUACUUUGCAGACAUAUAACUACUGUAUAGCUGUGGCCACAUGCUGAAGUUUUCUUUAGAUAAAUUUGGCCCGUGGCUUAUUGUCAGUGGCACAAAGGAACUACAUUUUGCCAUACUACCUUCUGUUUCAUACUAUGACUAAUUUUGCAUAAUAAAGAAAUCAGGUAUAGUCUGCUAUUUAUAAUACUUGCCAUCUUAGCUCAUUAUACCAUUGCCAAUUAGCAAAGUUAGGAAAGACUUAGUUUAAAAGAUUUUGGACAGAUUAAAUUUUUAACUUAAAAAUGGAGAGUUAAUUUGUAUCUAUUUUUUUCAGUAGCCAUCGUCUCCAUAUAAGUAAUGCACAAAGGCACUGGGAAGUCUCCUGCUGUUCUGGACUUUAGCUUUUGAAAGCUCAACAUUAAAGCUUAGGCUGCUGCCAAAUAAAUUUUUGGAGUCAGAAAGGACCGUGUUUAGUCGAGAGAGUAAAGUCUUUCAGUCUUUAAAGAGUCUUUCAGUUUGCUUGGCCACAUAACAUAAAUUUUGUCAUCAGAUGGUGAGGAAGAGGCUAUGUGUGGACACCGUGUGCCUAUAAGUCUGUGGAAACUUUAAAUUACAAUGGACCAACUGUAUGUGCAGCAUUCAGGUGGAUUUCAAAUGAGUUUAACAGAAAUGACAACUCGUCACUCGACAACUGGCUGCGUACAGCGGAGAUGGGGGAGGGUCUGUGCUGGCGGACGUUGGUUACUGGCCUGGUAGCCUGGCUGCCCCUGGGAGGGUCCGGGACGGGCGUGGAGGCUUGGGGGUCUGGGGGUGCUCCGCCCCCCGGUCUGGGGUGCUGGCCGGGCCUUGGGGGCUUGGG